UUACAUUUCACAGUUCUGUGCAAUAAUCAACUGUUCUGCCAGUAGAGGAACUUCUACACUCAAAAGAGCACACGAACUUCUUGACGUCAUGCGCAGAAGCAACACGUUCUGAUUACGUCACCGGGAACAGGAAAAGAACAAAAUGGAGGAGUACGCGAGGGAGCCGUGCCCCUGGAGGAUAGUGGACGACUGUGGGGGCGCCUUCACUAUGGGGGCCAUUGGUGGAGGGAUCUUUCAGGCCGUCAAAGGCUUUAGAAACUCUCCUGUUGGAAUAAAUCACAGACUUAGGGGAAGUUUGACAGCCAUAAGGACCAGGGCUCCACAACUUGGAGGAAGUUUUGCUGUGUGGGGUGGGCUCUUCUCCAUGAUUGACUGUGGGCUGGUGAAGGUGAGGGGCAAAGAGGAUCCCUGGAACUCAAUCACAAGUGGAGCCAUGACAGGAGCCAUUUUAGCAGCAAGAAAUGGGCCUGUGGCCAUGGUUGGUUCUGCAGCAAUGGGAGGUAUACUGCUUGCAUUAAUAGAAGGUGCAGGAAUUCUGCUCACAAGGUUUGCCUCAUCACAAUUCCCAACUGGCCCACAGUUUGCAGAGGAGCCCGCUUCCAUGCCCGCGUCUUCAUUUGGAGACUAUAGACAGUAUCAAUGAUGAAAGUUUCAAAUUUUGAAACUCAAGGCCUUUUCUUAUUCCAUGAACUCAUCAAGUUAAAAGUUACAGUGAGGACCUGUCUGACUCAUUCAUCAUCAGAGCAUGCACAAAUGCCACCAACCGUGAAUGACUGUGACGAGAGAAUACUCCUGUCAGUGCAUUUGUCUCCAGUAUGCCUUUUGCUAUUCUCAGCCUUGUCAUUCACCUCGGGGUCACCGGAUUUAAAGGAAAACAAACCCAGAUUUGUGUUUUAAUCAAUGUGUCCUCAUUUUUUUUUUCUACGAUUAUUCUGUGUGACCUUAUUUUGAUGCUGACAAAAAAAGAAAUAUUUGAUAACAUAAGCAGUUGGUAUUCUGUUUAGGUCAUGCUAGGUUAUUCAAGUUGAGCCCCUUUCAGUUGGCUGUAUAAAAUGUGUGUGUGAAUGGGUUAUAACCACUGUGUGCGUGUGCAGAAGAGUUUAUUAUAUGCCUAUGAACUGAAUGUUUGAAAUUAAUGUGAACUUUCUCCUGGGCUUCAACAAGAUCUUAUAUUCAUAGUGGAGUUUUUAACCAAUUGUACCUUGCUAACCCUUCACUUGUAGAGCUUAUUCUGUGAAAAUGUACUUUUGGGGGUAGCUAUUUAUUUUCUAGGAAGAAAGAACUUGUUUGUUUCAAGAGAGCGUAUUGUUUUUGAAAUUGUUCUCCAGUUAAUAUAGGAGGAUUGUCAGCAAAGGAUGCGUUAGAGGAAGGCAGAUGAAUGGACCGAAUCGAGCAUCUCUUCUGUUGGCUGUGUGAGCCAAAUUGGGCUGAGAAGCAUUGCAAAUAAACUACAGUUAUGCUUCUGAGGCCUGUUGUCCAGAAAAUGUUGUUUUUGAAGGAAUGAUCCAGGUUCAAGUUAAGCUCAAUUGACAAAUUGUGUAAUAAUGUUGAUUGAAGGGCAGGCCAGGAGAGUUACAAAAACAGGGAUAUUUAAAAGGGCAGAUUUAUUUAGAUGUAGCUGAGUCAGUUCAGCAAUGUGAAAGUGAAAAUAAGAUUCCUAUGACACUACCCACUUAAAGGAAUAUUCCAGGUUCAGUACAAGUUGAGCUGACAACAGACAGCAUUUGUGGCAUUCUGUUGAUUACAAAUUAGAGUAAAAAAAUUUUUUUUUGCAAAAAUCUGUUACAGUGAUGCACUUGCAAUAGAAAUGAAUGGGGCCAGUCCGUAAACGUUAAAAUACUGUGUCAAAAUUUAAGUAUAGCCACAAAACGUUAGUGUGAUCAAACCACUUAUUUUUUCGUAGUAAAAUUAUAUCAGAGACUAUUUUGUUGAGACGGACCACUUCUAUUCAAAUGAAUGGGAGAAAUUGGAACGGCCAACGGGUUUAGAAAAGGAAGUCCCUCCUUACAGGUAAAAUAGAUAAAAGUGCUAAUCACCUUUUAGAUAUAGACAUCACCUGUCAAUCAACUCGAGAACGCGCGUUCGCUUUAGCUAGAUAAACCGGGACAAUAUGCCCAUUGUACAAAGAGGCCUCAAUUUGUUCCUGGCAGGCAGCAAAUGCCCUAACCCCGCCCCCACCCUAA